ACUCGUGGCUUCUUGAUCUUCCUUUCCCCGUCUUUAUAGUAUCGCAUUUGUGAAACUAUUGCUGUGAUUUAAUAUUUAUAGUGCACGUGUAUGAACUGAUAGAAUCAACAAUGUCCGUCCAGGUGGACGAGUAGGCACGUGCAAAAUAUAUUAUAGUGUAUAUUAUAACUCGAGGUAAAGAAUGGAUAAAAAGAUACCUUUGUGCGUGAAUUUGGCCGCAGGAGUUGCCCAAGACACGCGCCUGUAGGAAGAAUAAGAAUAAGAAACCUUAUGGUUUUUUGUUAAAAUAUAUGACAAGUAGUGUGCGCCCGGCGUAACGAAGACUGGCAACAACCAGUACCGGAGGUGCGCGUGCUAUCAGCUGUCUAACCGGCCGGCAUAACAGUCAGCACAAUAUCAGUCGCCGGUUCUCGCGUUCAGUAGUCUCUUCGCCGUUCGCUCGUACGCACUUGCCGUGUUCACCAAAUGAGUUCAAUUUUACGUAUAACAUUUAUUAUUACGUCGUACCAACGGUGGUGACGAGAGGCGUUUAAAAUAAACUUUGUGAAUGUUCACAGCUGAGGUUCUGUUCGAAGUGUUUUAUAGAUUGUAAAUUAAAAUAUUUGGUAGGUAAGUAUCAGUUCCUCGGUUAGUGUCGAAAUGAAUCUUAUGUGCACUGAGUCGCGAGCCGGAUCGGAAGACAAGUGUUUUGCCCAAGACAGGACUAUAUUUCGAGAUGAACGGGCCAUCAAAAAGCUUUUGGAGACUGAAACGCAAUACGUGCCAGGAUGCGAUUACAUGUCACGGUCUCGAUCAAACCUACAACCAUUUAUGAGAAGAGUCGUAGCCACGUGGAUGCUCGACGUAUGUGAAGAGCAGAACUGCGAAGAUCAAGUUUUCCCGCUCUCGGUGAAUUUCCUGGAUAGGUUUUUAUGUGCUUGUGAUAUAUCCAAAACACAUCUACAACUUACAGGAGCCGUGUGUUUGCUGUUGGCGUCUAAAGUCCGUCAGUGUACAGCUCUCUCCAUCGAUCUACUUUGCUAUUACACUGAAAAUAGUGUCACCGCAGAAGAAAUGAGGGAAUGGGAGUUGUUGGUUAUAUCAAAGUUGGAAUGGAAAAUAGUGGCAGUCACCAGCUUCGACUAUGUUGAUCACAUUAUGGAACAAGUUAAAUGGAAAAGGCGAAACGAUUCCAUGCUCAGGAGGCAUAUGCUGACAUUGAUUUCGUUUUGCUAUAUAGAACCCGAGUUCAUAACGAAAAAGCCCUCGGUGAUGGCGGCGUCGUGUAUGCUAUCGGCUAUUCGCGGUAUUGACCCGGUGACUGCAGCCGAAGUGGCCGCCGAACUGUGUGGCCUGUUGGAGUGUUCAACGACCGAGGUGGACGAACACGUGUCCCUGAUCGACGCUCUCGUGGCCAGCACAACGGCCGCGGCCUUGACGCCAGAAAAAUCUGAAAAUAACAACCCGGCCAUGGCAGCCGAACCACCUCUUAAAAAACCCUAUCACAGUAUGGACGAUUGCUUGCACGGCGGUCUAUGACCGUCUUCUGUCGACGUUUGAACAAAAAUAUAAAUAUUGUUUUUAUUAUUACUUUAUAUUGUAUUAGCUUAACUCUUUUUGACGAAGAGACUUAAUAAAGAAACGCACAUACAUAGAACAGUGUUAGAACUACAUAAUAUGUAUUAUACGACAACUUUAUGUAAAGAACUGAUUUCACAUAAUGUUGUUACACUUUCGUAAAGCGUCUAACAUAAUUCUACCUCAUAAGUAUGUUUAUUUUUCUUUUUUUAUCCAUUUACUUGUUUAUUCUUUAAUUUAUUGUUUUUUAAGCGUUUUAUUUUUUUGGUCUUGCUUUUUUAUUUCGUGUAUUCAAAAUAUUAAUCAUAGGUCUAUUGCAAGAUAUAAUAUUAUUUGUAAAUCUCACCAGUUGUAUUUAAAUAAUUAGUUUGAUAGUGUAAUUUAGGCGUAUGUAUUAAUGAUGUUAUUAUUAUUAUUACUGAACGAAAUAUGUGAUAAAUAAUUUAAGACAUUUUCUUAGAAAUUAGAAUAUUAAUAAUUUUCUUUUGUUAAUAGCGUUAAAAGUUUUUCGGCCUAUCGUUCAUUCCGUUUAACUAUUAUUAUUUGAGUAUGAUCUCCUUUAAACUAUUGAUACGGAAAGCGUUAAAGUUUAUUAAGGUACCCGUGUAAAUAUGUUAGCAAAAAAAAUGAAAAUUACUUUACAUUAUUGAAUUACUUACAGGGGAGAACAUAAAUUCACCUUCUAAGUAACAAAAUAAAAACAUUUAUAUAUAUACAUUAUAUAAUUUAAUUGUAAUUCUUACAUAUUAAUGUAGUAGAAUUUUUAAUAGAUCUCUAUAGAACGUGGGAUUUUGAUAAGAUUAAUUUUAUUAUAGAUUUUAUUUAUCGAACUUUUGAGUAAUUAUCAAACAAAGUAUAAAUCAAAUAGCAAAUUUGUAUGUGUAAAAAAUGUUUUAAUAAGUAAUAAAGAUCUCCAAAACGCGUAGGAAAAGUGUACAGGUAAAAUUUGAAUUUAAAACAAAUUAGUGUUAUUUAUUUAUGUUUAACUUUUUUUGUAUUAAUUAAAUUUUACGGCAAACUUUGGAAUCAACCAAAAUCUUUCUUAUAGUCGGUUUUUAUAUUAACGAUUUUAUUACCUUAAAUAAAUUUAAUACAGCGGAACAAGUAUGUUACCUUAAUUUGUAUGAGUUGUUUUGUUUUUCUCGUUGUAAAAAAUUGUAAAGCAAAUUUAUCGACCCACGAACUGUACUCCUAUAAUAUUAUUUAUUGAGUUUAAAUGUUAUCUUGGAAUUGUUACUUUACGAUUCAUUAUUAAGGUUUAAUUAUUAUUAUGUUUUAAUUAAGGUGUACAAAAUUCAUUUUGCCAGUUAAUUUCAAAAAUCGUGUUAUGUUAAAAAUUCCGUUAAAAGACUUGUCUUUUGUAUUUAUUAUUUUUAGUUUAAUGUUAUUUUUAUUAUUAUAUGUAUUUGUCAAUAUUAUUAGUUUAUGGUAAUUUUCACGGGCCUGCGCCAACAUCAAAAGUGGUUUAAAGGUCCGGUACAGCUACAAACCAAAUCAUUUCGCCCCAAAAUAUAUCAUCUACAUAACUGUUGUAAUAUUAUAUUUCUUCCCCUUUAGUCCUUUUUCUUUAUAAUUUGUACUUUAUAUUAAAUAUUGAUGUUCAUAUCAUUGUAAUUAUUAUUUGCUAUAGAUAUAGUAAUUAUAUUUUUUCUUGUAUAUUAUAAAAAAAUAUAUAACAAUAAAGAUGCAAAAAGUAAAGUUCAGAUA